GCGGCUCGUGAUUGGCUCGCGGGCCCGGAGUAAGCGCUGAUUGGCCCGGGCGGAGUCACGAGGGGGCCGUCGUCGCCUUUCCACAGGCGAUUACUGGGCAGGCUCAGUCUUUCGACACAGUCUCGAGCGCUAGCUGGCACCCCGGCGUACGUGCUCCGGGCUCUUCAGUCCCAGCGGCCGCCAUCGACGUCGCUUGGGUUCCCUCUGGGCUCCUCUGCGCCACCCGCCCGCCGCACGCUCCGCCAUUCUAAGCCGCCAUCAUGGUGAAGCUCGCCAAGGCCAGUAAAAACCAAGGUGACACCAAGAAAAUGGCUCCUCCCCCCAAGGAGGUAGAAGAAGACAGUGACGACGAGGAAAUGUCCGACGAUGAAGACGACGAUAGCAGUGGAGAAGAGGAGGAGAUUAUCAUCCCUCAGAAAAAAGGCAAGAAGACUGUCGUAACACCAGCAAAGAAGAUGAUGGUUUCCCCACCCAAAAAAGGUGCAGUGGCCACACCAGCUAAGAAAGCAGUUGUCACUCCUGGCAAAAAGGGAGCAGCUCCUCCACCAUCCAAGAAAGCAGCUACGCCAGCCAAAGUAGUAGCAACGCCGGGCAAGAAGGGUGCAACACCAGGCAAAGCCAUGGUAGUAGUGUCUGGUAAGAAGGGAGCAGUCCCCCCAGCCAAGGGUGCGAAGAAUGGCAAAAAUGCUAAGAAAGAAGACAGUGAUGAUGAGGAUGAGGAUGACAGUGAAGAAGAGGAUGACGAGGAGGAUGACGACGAGGAGGAAGAUGAAGAUGAAUUUGAGCCAGCCAUGAUAAAAACAUCAGCUGCUGUUGCCCCUGCCUCAGAUGACGAUGAUGAGGAUGAUGACGAUGAGGAGGAUGAAGACGACGAUGAAGAUGAUGAGGAUGAUGAAGAGGACUCAGAAGAAGAACCUAUGGAAAUUACACCAGCCAAAGGAAAGAAAGCUCCCGUAAAAGCUGCUCCUGUAAAGGCCAAGAAUAUGGCUGAGGAAGAGGAAGAUGAGGAUGAGGAUGAUGAUGACGACGAUGAAGACGAAGAUGAGGAGGAUGACGAGGAUGAUGAGGAAGAGGAGGAAGAGGAAGAGGAGGAAGAGCCUGUUAAACAAGCACCUGGGAAAAGAAAGAAGGAAAUGGUCAAGCAGAAAGCAGCUCCUGAAGCCAAGAAACAGAAAGUAGAAGGCAAUGAACCAACUACAGCUUUCAAUCUCUUUGUUGGAAACCUGAACUUUAACAAAUCUGCUCCUGAGUUAAAGACUGGUAUCAGUGAUCUUUUCGCUAAAAAUGACCUUGCUGUUGUAGAUGUCAGAAUUGGUGUAUCUAGGAAGUUUGGUUAUGUGGAUUUUGAAUCUGCUGAAGACUUGGAAAAAGCCUUGGAACUUACUGGUUUAAAAAUGUUUGGUAAUGAAAUUAAACUAGAAAAACCAAAGGGAAAAGACAGUAAGAAAGAUCGAGACGCAAGAACACUUCUGGCUAAAAAUCUGCCUUACAAAGUUACUCAGGAUGAAUUAAAGGAAAUUUUUGAAGAUGCUAUGGAGAUCAGAUUAGUCAGCAAAGAUGGGAAGAGUAAGGGGAUUGCUUACAUUGAAUUUAAAACAGAAGCUGAUGCAGAGAAAACAUUAGAAGAAAAACAGGGAACAGAGAUAGAUGGACGGUCCAUUUCCCUCUACUAUACUGGAGAAAAGGGUCAAAAUCAGGACUACAGAGGUGGAAAGAAUAGCACUUGGAGUGGUGAGUCCAAAACCCUGGUUUUAAGCAACCUUUCCUACAGUGCAACAGAAGAAACUCUUCAAGAAGUAUUUGAGAAGGCAACUUUCAUCAAAGUGCCCCAAAACCAAAAUGGCAAAUCUAAAGGGUAUGCAUUCAUAGAAUUUGCCUCAUUUGAAGAUGCUAAGGAAGCUUUAAAUUCAUGUAAUAAAAGAGAAAUUGAGGGCAGAGCAAUCAGGCUGGAGUUGCAAGGACCCAGGGGAUCACCCAAUGCAAGAAGCCAGCCAUCCAAAACAUUGUUUGUCAAAGGUUUAUCUGAGGAAACCACAGAGGAAACGUUGAAAGAGUCGUUUGAUGGCUCCGUUAGGGCAAGGAUAGUCACUGACCGGGAGACUGGCUCCUCUAAAGGGUUCGGCUUUGUAGAUUUCAACAGUGAGGAAGAUGCCAAAGCUGCCAAGGAGGCCAUGGAAGAUGGAGAGAUUGAUGGAAACAAAGUUACUUUGGACUGGGCCAAGCCUAAGGGUGAAGGUGGUUUUGGUGGUCGAGGUGGAGGUCGAGGUGGCUUUGGCGGCCGAGGUGGUGGCAGAGGAGGUCGAGGUGGAUUUGGCGGCAGAGGAGGUCGAGGAGGUUUUGGAGGCCGAGGAGGCUUCCGAGGAGGCAGAGGAGGCGGCGGAGAUCACAAGCCACAAGGAAAGAAGACGAAAUUUGAAUAGAUUAUUCUAUCCCUCAUUUUUUUCCUUCCAUUUGAAAGGACUCUGAGGUUUUUACUCUGUUACCUGAUCAAUGACAGAGCCUUCCGAGGACAUUCCAAGACAGUAUACAGUCCUGUGGUCUACUUGGAAAUCGGUAUAGAUAACAUUUCAAGGGAGAAUACUGUUGGUUUUGACUGGAUAUUCGUAUAAACUUUUUAAAGAGAUGAGUGAUAGAGCUAACCCUUAUCUGUAAGUUUUGAAUUUAUAUUGUUUCUUCCCAUGUACAAAACCAUUUUUUCCUACAAAUAGUUGUUUUUUGUUUUGUGUUUGGGGGUGUAAAGGAAAGCAGAAUGUUUUAUGUUUUUUUGCUUCAGCUACUACUUUGGGACAAAUUAAAAGUCCUGAACUCUG